GAUGUUUCUCUGGAAUGAAAGACGCAUUUUCACCCUUUCAGUGUAUUUCAGGGCAACCUAUCAUCCCUUCUUCUCAUUUCAUUGCCUGUAGUCUUCUGUCAUACACAUACUGAAGAUUAUUAGUGUUUUUUGUUAUUAUUUUAUUGUUGGUGCUGAGGAUCAAUCCUAGGGCCUCACUCAUGUUAAUCAUGUGCGCUGCCAGAAGGACGGUCCAAACCUCUGAAGCUUAGCUCUCUCUAUAUAUUUCAAAAGUAGCAGGACGAUGGACAGGUAACAUCUAUUAGGAGACCCUGAGUGCCUUCCCAAGGUGUAUGUAUCCCUUUAGAUGUGUGUGGCCUUUGAGAGCUCACCCUGCCUCACAGAGGCCGAAACCAUGGGUCUCUUAACAUUUCCGUGAAUAUCCUAAACGUCAGUCCAAGGAAAUGCGUGUACGUUGCCUUUAAGAGGAAGCUAGCCACCCUCUGGUCUUUGGAGCUCUGGAACGCCACUUCCCCGAUACCGCCCUGGCGCCCUAGGCCUUUCCGAACUAAGGAGUUAGGAGGCUGCGGAGCCCCUUCUGGAGCGGCGGGGAGACUUCGUUACCCAGAAGUCCCUGUGGUGCGCGAGACGACGACUGAGCCAAUGGGGGCUUUGGCGGGGUCGUUCAGGUGCCUGCGCUCCGUGAGGGGCGGGGCUUCCGGUGUCCUCCUGGAGCCAUCUUGGUUGUCCCGUGGUUUCUUAAAAUGUUAAGUUUAGGGAGUGUUUUGCUGUUACUGAAAUGACAGAGCGGAAGGCCAGGAGAAGCGGUUUGAUUCCCAGUGCCCAGAGGAGGGGAUGACGCUCAGCUGAGCCGGUCUGGCGACGGCAGUACCUUUACUCUUGUAUCCCCGCUCGGGUUCCCCCCUCGGGCUCGGUUGGCGGAAGCCGCACCCAUAAGCUUGGCGCAGCUCAUUAACCUAAGGACAUAUGAAACACUGAUGUAAAUACGAAUUAACCACUGUCCCAGGUCCACUGAUGAUGGCAGAAAUGGAUCCUACACAGGGCCGUGUAGUCUUUGAGGAUGUGGCCGUCUAUUUCUCCCAGGAGGAAUGGGGGCACCUCAGUGAGGCCCAGAGAUUGCUGUACUGUGACGUGAUGCUGGAAAACUUGGCACUUUUGUCUUCACUAGGUUGCUGGCAUGGACCUAAGGAUGAGGAGGCACCUUCUGAGCAAGGAAUUUCUGUAGGAGCAUCACAGGUUACCACUCCAAAGCUAGGGUCAACCACUGAGAAGACCCAGCCUAGGGAGACAUGUGACCCGCUCCUGAAAGAGAUUCUGCGCCUAGCUGAACACAGUAGAACACAAACUGAACAAAAGAUGUAUCUUUAUGAGGCAGACCUUUACCAGCCUCCUAAGCAGAAUCUUUCCGGAAGGGACAAUUGGAGAUUUUUGAAGAACCACUGUGUUCAUGUGGCAGAAAGAAUUUUCCCAAGCAAGGAGGGGUGGAAAGAAUCGCCAGCUACUUCGUGCCUUCUCCAGCACCAGGCCCCUUGCUGUGCGUGGAAGUCCAACAGGGAAACCAAGGGCAGGGAAGCCCUUCCAGCCAGACACAAUUACACAUGCAGUAAAUGUGGAAAAGCCUUCAGAUGUAAAUACUCACUUGUUGAGCAUGAGAAAACUCACACAGGAGAAAGGCCUUAUCAGUGUAGCAAAUGUGGGAAAUUCUUUAGGUAUAAUGCCAACUUCAUGAAACAUCAGAGUAUUCACAGUGGAGAAAGGACUUACGAGUGUAGAGAAUGUGGAAAAGCAUUUAUGUACAACUAUAGACUGAUGAGACAUGAGAGGGUUCACACUGGAGAAAGGCCUUAUGCGUGUGACAUUUGUGGGAAAUUCUUUAGGUACAGCUCUACCUUCUUUAGACAUCAGAGAGUUCACACAGGAGAAAGGCCUUAUGAGUGUAAUGUAUGUGGGAAAUUCUUUAUGGACAGUUCUACUCUCAUUAAACACCAAAGAGUUCACACUGGAGAAAGGCCUUAUAAGUGCAGUGAAUGUGGGAAGUUUUUUAGGUACAACUCCACUCUCAUUAGACAUCAGAGAAUUCACAGUGGAGAAAGGCCUUAUGAGUGCAGCAUAUGUGGGGAAUUCUUUAGGUACAGCUCCAACCUUGUUAAACAUUGGAGAAAUCACACUGGAGAAAGGCCUUACAAGUGCAGUGAGUGUGGGAAAUGCUUUAGGUACCACUGUAGGCUCAUUAGACAUCAUCGAGUUCACACUGGUGAGAGGCCUUAUGAGUGUAGUCAGUGUGGGAAAUUCUUCCGGUACAACUCCAACCUCAUUAAACAUUGGAGGAAUCAUACUGGAGAACGGCCUUAUGAGUGCAGGGAGUGUGGGAAAGCCUUUAGCCACAAACAUAUACUUGUUGAGCACCAGAAGAUCCAUACUGGAGAGAGACCUUAUGAAUGCAGUGAAUGCCAGAAGGCCUUCAUUCGAAAAUCCCACCUGGUUCAUCACCAGAAAAUCCAUAAUGAAGAGAGGCUGGUGUACUCUGUGAAUGUGAGGAAUUCUUUAGGUACAUCUGCAGCUUCAUUAAACAGAGAUUUUACCAUGGAAAAAAUUUACCAUUGACUUAACUGGACAGCAUUUUUUGAAUUUCCAUUUUACCUGCAGUUAAUCUCCGGAGCUUCUUAUCUUGCAGAAGUAAAACUAUCCCCCUUAAACAGGAAUGCCUCAUUUCCUUUCCCUAUUGGCCCUGACUACUGCUACUCUACUUUGUAACUAAGAGUUGGACACCUAUUGCUAUCUUACGGAUGAAGUCAUACAGUAUGCCUUUUCAUGACAGGCUUGCUUACUAUGUCUAAAGUUCAUUUAUGUGUAAUGUGUCAGAAAUCUAUUGCUUUUUUUUCAGUGAAAUAAUAUUCCAUGGUAUAUGUAUACCAUAUGUCUCUGGUUAAUGGAUACUUGGGUAGUUCAAACGCUACACAUUUGAGGCCAGCCUGGACUACAUAGUAAGUUCAAGGCCAGCCUUAACUACAUAGCAAGACCCUGUCUAAAAAUCAAAAACUUCAGCAGAGUACUAAUCAGUAUAUGCAUGCACUGAACCACCAGAGGACAAGUAAAAAAUCUACUGACGGAUUAGAUUUAACAAUUUCCAAGGCAUAUUCAGAGACCAGAAGAGUUCCGGGUCCAGUCAGUGUGAAGAGAAAAACUUAUAAUUCAGGAACUAUCAAGGAGAGAAUGUAAGCCGGGCGCAGUGGUGCAAGCCUUUAAUCCCAGCACUCGGGAGGCUGAGGCAGGAGGAUCGCUGUGAGUUCGAGACCAGCCUG